CAGCAGCGGUUGGCCGGCCCAGGGCCGAGGUAACCGCAGCCGAGUUCCUGCCUGGCCGCUUCCCGGAGCCUCCGGCUGCCCUUGCCAAGGGGGUGGGCGCCGACUCUCUCCUGCCCGACGGGACCGAGGGCCCUCUCCAGCGGGCACCUCCCAGGACCUGGCGCCAAGGGGCAGCCCCGACCUCCCACUGCUUCAAGUCCACCCUCCUUGGCCGCUGACCUCCUGGGUGUCUUGACUCAAGUGGUGGCUCUUCUCCCGUUGGGGUAACCACCUGUUCUUUUGGACGAAGCCCAGGAGACUGCCACUUCUGACUUCACUCUCAGCUUACAACCGCUUAAAAGGCCAAGUGAAUGUUGCAAAGGCACCGUCCAGCAGCCAUUUCUGAGUGGACUCUGCAUGACUGACAUGUUCUGUGACCUCGCUGAAACCAAGGUCUUACCACAAUGAAGGAUGUUGGAUGGAUACUGUACUCUGGGGCAGGAUUCGGCUGGCAGAGACAUCAUCACAACAUGGAAUCAGGAUUUUAAGGCUGCUGAGAACCAGCCCUAGACCUCUGCUUGAGGGUCCUUCCUCUGAAGACAUCACCAGUGUGUGGAGCCUGCCCCACACCUACCCCCUGCCAAACCACGGCCUUUACCUGUGUCUUUCGGUGUUUCCCGUGCGAUCCAUCCUGUGGGAGUGCCUCCUGGGCCACUCCAGAGUUCACCCCACAAUCAGCGGCGCCAAUGGUGAAGAUGACAAGAUCCAAGACUUUCCAGGCAUAUCUGCCCUCCUGCCACCGGACCUACAGCUGCAUUCACUGCAGAGCCCACUUGGCCAAUCAUGAUGAGCUCAUUUCUAAGUCGUUCCAAGGAAGUCAAGGACGAGCAUACCUCUUUAACUCAGUAGUUAAUGUGGGCUGCGGGCCUGCAGAAGAGCGAGUGUUGCUAACAGGACUCCAUGCAGUUGCAGACAUUUACUGUGAAAACUGCAAAACCACUCUGGGCUGGAAAUAUGAACAUGCCUUUGAAAGCAGCCAGAAGUAUAAAGAAGGCAAAUACAUCAUUGAGCUAGCACACAUGAUCAAGGACAAUGGCUGGGACUGAUCGGAGGGUAUCCACCUAACCCAGUGUCUACAUGAACACCAUCCAACCGAACAUUCUACCCAAGCGUGAGAGAGUGACUGAACACUUGGUUCCAUCCAUUUAGGGGCCUUGCCAUCUGGGGCAUUCUCCCACCCUGACGCCGCCUUUCUGGUGACCGGCCUCUAAAUUGCUGUCUCUCUGUCUCUUUGCUUUGUAUCUGUUUGUGAGUUGAUCCUGGCUUCUCUCUCUGUUCUCGUGUUGGCUGAAAACGAAACAACAAAAGGAACAGAUGCUUGACCUCAUGGCAGCAGCCCACCUUGAUAAGGGCCCUAGGGCCCAUGUAAGCGCUGCCCGAUGGCCUCUUGUCAGGAGAGCAGUGGCACAGCACAGGGGUGUGCGGAAGAGGGAAAGGGGGAGCCGUUGAGGAUCCCGGGGGUGGGCAGGGGAUGGGACGUGAGAGGUAGGAACAAAAUUGUGCUGCUCCUGGAGUCCUGGUAACUUAGGCUUGAAAUAAUCGACUUGUCUCAAAGGACAAAGAGAAAAAAAAAAAAUACCUCAUGACUGCAUUUCUCUCUGAUCGGAAGUUUCUGUUCCUGACACCAACUGUGCCAGGUUAGCAUGUGAGCGCAAGAACUGGUCCUAACUCUAGUGGGGGCAGGGGACUGGUUCUCCUGGGUUGAGUUGGGAGUGUCCUGAAAAGAGAGAAUGAAAAGCCCAGGUGGUUUUGAUAACUCUGAUGCCUCACUGCUCCUUCUGGUCAUCUUUACCUCUUCAGCCACUGUAGGUGAGAGGAGGGGGGGUAUUUGUAAUGGGUGCAAGAUCCAAACAUCCCAAAGACCUUGGCCACCAACCAAUUAAAAUCAGUAAUUGAGGAUGACAGGGAACAAAGGGGACUGUAGUUUGGGAGCUCCUGUAGAGAUGGCUCAGAUAUUGGGCCAGAAAAAAUAAAAAGUAGAACCAGCUAGCAAUUCUGAUUGUCUAACCGUUUUUUUCCUGACCCCUAAUAAGAGCAUUAUGGCAAAGAAGGGGGCGGGGUGGGACAAUGCUGGGAAUAGUUUGGAGUUGAACCGUUACAGGUUAGUGCAUCUUCCCCUUUGGUAUGCAAUGGCUUCAGAGAGAUCAGCAAUUCUUUGUACAUAGUUUUGGGUGUUUUUCUCCAGUUCUAUCAUUGUAGAGUGUGGAAAACAAAGUCCCAAGGCUUUGAGCUUAGAGAUAACCUGGCCAGUAGAUUCCUCAUACCCCUAGCUAUUCUUGGACUUGAAUGCGUUGUGUGGAGAGAAAUUGUCAGAGUGGUCCAGCAGUAGGGAGGGCUUAGAUAUGAUUGUCAAACAUCAAGUUAAAAAUUCCAGUAUUAGCUGCUGCCUCCCAUCUCCCAAAACAAACCAAAGUUCAUUAUAUUAGGGAAGCGGAGAACAAAUCCUUAAUAAAGCUCAUGAGAGAGAAGAGUUUGUUACAGUUAACCAACAAUGUGAAGUGUAUUAUACCAACAGUUCAGCCAGUCCCCAGUGCAUAACUGAAGCUCAUUUAACUGAGUUAAUUUUAUGGCUUAGACCGAAAAUGUAAUUAUUAAGGUAUGUGCAGGUUAUAUUAGGUAAUUCUCAGCAUCUCCUUCUCUAAGUAGGCUGAUUCUGUAGGAAAAUUCACUGUAAAGUCACAGAAGAGUGAGUUUGUAGAAGCAACAAUCUGUAAAAUUGAAUCAAGAUUUAAGCAGCCAACCCGGGACAUUUCCAGAAUUUGAAUUUUCAUAGGGAGUAGAUCAUGGUGGAAAUGCCUUUUCAUGUCUCUGUGCACUGAUUGCAUAAAGGGGACCUGAGCUAGGUGUGGUCCUGCACUGGAGGUGAUGGACAGCAGGACUGACAGGAAGCCAGGUGGCUCCAGGUUUAGCAAUAGACCGCUUCUUUAACACAAAAGGAUUCUUAGAAAUUGAAUCUUGUUCCCAAAGGCUUUUUACCCACAUCUUCUGGUACUUCAGCAACCCUGGAAGAUUAAGUUCUCCCCACAUUACUAAAAAUCAGACUGAGGUUCAGAAGAAGCUUUUCAUUUCUGCUCCCAGAGAAAGAGUUCUGGCUUCCAGGGCCAAGAUCUCAAUAAAAAAGCAUUUUCAACUUUCACAUUCCUGAGAUGGCUUGCUGGCACAUAAAUCAUAGAUCCCCCUUUCUGUCUGCCCCGAAGUAGUGGCUGUCACUUAGAGAUUUUGAUUAGCACCUUAGCUCAGAGAAUGUCCUGGCUGUUGAUGCUCCUUUCCAUAGAAAGAAAAUGGGAGUUAAACACAGGUAGGUGUUUUGUCUUUGAGACUAAAAAUGGAGUGUGGUGACAGAGAAACCAGACAUGGGGUGCCCUAGAAUUUUCGAGGGGCAGAGGAGACCAAUGUGCCACUGUUCUUCCUUGGGGAUGAGGCCUCUGACUGCCGCAUGGAUCAGAGCAGGCUUCAGUUAGACCCAGGUUCUAGUUUUUGGUUUGUGUUUUUUUUUUUUUCUCCAGUUAGCUGAUUGAGCAUCCAAUGGGUGCGUGGCACCAUACUUGGUGCAAAAGAUCUGAGUAGAAUGUUGGUUUUUCCACAACUACAGGGGAAAAAGAAAACAACUCAUUAGGCUUUCCCUUUGUGUCAAUGAAACCAAAAGUGCUUCUUAUAACUUUAGCUCCAUUCAUGGCUUGUCUACCUAACGUCUAGCAGUAUUGGAUUGACCGCAGCUGAGUGAUGAAGACACAUCAACUCAUGGCCUCAGUCAGUUCAUUCUUUAAUUUCUUCACCAAAUUAUUGACUCAGAGUAUAACCAAAGACCUCAUCUAUUCACCCCUGACAGGUUCAGGGAAUUGGAGUUGUAUGGUAAAACCUAGGCAGGAUGCAGGGAGGAGGGCAGGGGGAAAAAGAGAAGCAAGAAAGGGAAAGGCAUGACGUUCUAUACCUCAACCAGCAGCUGCCUUCAUGUGCAACUGAAGUCCGGCUGGCAGACUCUCUAGGUCCAUCUCCCCUGUUCUGUCUUAGGUCAUGUGGCCUCAGUGGCCCUGGAUUACACCCAGAUCCCCGAAUGCUAACCUUAGGCUGCUGAUGGGUUGAUUUGACAUGAAUCAAAUACAGCCAGACUUGAUGCCCGCAGAAUGUCAACUGGGCCUGAUAGAAUGCUCCCCCCACUCCAAUGACAGCAAGACCAUGGAGAUAGGAUGAGCAAAUCUUUACUGGUGGGUCAGUGUGUGAAAAAGAGGUGUCCCCUUUAUAAAAAGAUCUUCAAGUGGAUAUAUAUAUAUAUAUAUAUAUAUAUAUAUAUAUAUAUUUAAAAAGUUGCUUAUGAAAUAUUCUUUUGUAAAUAAUAUUUAAUUUUUUAAAUAAUAUAUUUGGUGCUGUUUUCUCAGAUCCCCUGAGAGCACUUUUUAUUUUCAUUUUUAAAUUCUAUGGUUUAUUCUGCAUUUCUUGAAGUAUAUUUUAAGGGAAACAGUGAUCACCAAUAUAGUCUUUCUAAAAAAUAAAAAAAAAAAUCUGUAUCCCUUUAGUCUGGACAGAGGCAAUAAGGCAAUGCCUCUCUGCAUUUUUUUUUCCCUGAUGGAACAGACUCUGCAGUGCAUUACCAGGUUGAGAAUUGAAAUAUUUUCUUGCACCAAUAUUGACUAGAAAAGAAAAUAAAUAAAAUCAGAUUUAGUAACAAAUUAGCGAUUCCUCUUGUUGGAAGAAUUUCCAACAAUUUGGAAUCUUGUUUUUAAUUUUUGUGCGUAUGUGUGUGUGUGUGUGUAAAGCACUUUGCGUUGUGCCUCCUGUACUCUUCUUUACUGAGGACACUAUACCUACAGUUUACACCUUGGGCACAUAAGGCUUUCUUCUCUUUCUCUCGGCUGGUCUUGUUUCGAGUGGACCAAUAGCACAAACCGUGAGGAUUUUGUUUUUCUGAGCAUGGAGCUAUUGCCAGUUUGCUCCUUUUUCUUUGUGUGCUCAACUUUCACAGAUCGUAAAGGAAAUCUGUUUGUGAAGAUUAAGCAGAGUCAAAUCUGUGUAUUUCCGAGAUGUGAGUGUACUCCUUACAUACCCCAGGUUUCCACUUGUGGAAGCCACAUCAUUAACUGGUUUGGGUUGAAAGGACAUCAGUAAAAUAAUUCACAUACCUUGUAGGUAAAACAGUUUUAUUUUAAGUUCAGAUUGUCUCAGGUUCAGGAAGAGGCUGGGAAAUCAAAUCUUGAUUGCAAUCAAGUUACAUAUUUUAACAGAGUCUGCCUCGAAUGAGAAAACACGCUAGUGGUCAAGGUAGAGGAAAGAGAUGUUUAAUUUUCUUAAGCAAAAUACAGUCAUGAAAUCUGCCAGCAGUGAAAGGUAAAUCCAAGAAGAAACAAGCUAUUCCCAUUACCAAAUUUAAUCUGCCUGUAUAUUUUUAUGUAACAUUUUGGUGAAAGUGAGAGUCGGUUCCCUUUUCCAACCUGCAGAGACGAUCUUUCAAUACAGAAUCUGUCUAUGCUUGUGUUUACAAACUGUAUUUGUUGGGUUUGGGUUUUAUUAUUUUCCCUAUUUUUUUGUGGCAUUUUUCAGGUCACUUUGCUUCAAUAACAAAGAUAAUUAUUUUCAAAUAAUUUGUCUUCACCUUUUCCUGUAUUUGUACAUAGUGAUUCAGUAUUAGAGAAAAGUGCAUUGUUUCUGUCAUAUUUCCAAUCUGUGUUGGUGCUCAUUUGAGAAAAUAAAGUUUUCAAAUAUUC